AUGGCGUUUCCCGGGCAGCCAGCGCCUGACGGCGGCUUCUACCAGGGCGGGUAUGGAGGAGCUCCAGGAGGACCAGCAUUCCCUGGCCAGGCCCAGGAUCCUUUGUAUGGGUAUUUUGCUGCUGUAGCAGGGCAGGAUGGACAAAUAGAUGCUGAUGAGCUGCAGAGAUGUCUCACCCAGUCAGGCAUUGCAGGAGCAUAUAAACCUUUCAACUUGGAGACCUGCAGACUCAUGAUCUCCAUGCUGGAUAGGGACAUGUCUGGGACACUGGGGUUUAAUGAGUUUAAAGAGCUGUGGGCUGUGGUCAAUGGCUGGAAGCAGCACUUCAUGAGCUUUGACAGUGAUGGAAGCGGCUCUGUGGAUCGUCAGGAGCUGGAGAAAGCCUUGGUGAACAUGGGAUUCAGGCUGAGCCCACAGGCAGUGACAGCCAUCACGAGGAGGUUCAGCACACAUGGCAAGAUCACCUUUGAUGACUACAUUGCCUGCUGCGUGAAGCUCAGAGCUCUCACAGAAUGCUUCAGAAGAAGGGAUGCAUCUCAGCAGGGUUUUGUGAACUUCCAGUAUGAUGAUUUCAUCCAGUGUGUUAUGAGCAUCUGAAGCAGGGCAGCAAGCCGUGGCUGACCUUGCUGAACAUUCCAGCCUGUGUUGUGCUUUGCCAGGCCUUGCAGUGCCUGUGUCCCUCCAGACUGGGUGUCCUCUGAAGGUAUCGCUUUGCACACUGCAGAUGCUGAGUUUCCACAAUGACUGUAAGCU